AUGGGCGUUCUUGACAAGUUCCGCCCCAGCAAGGGCAAUGAGGCUGAAGAGCCUGUAACUGUUACUGCCUCUGUCAACGAGAAGGACCAGGAAGCUGGUGUCUUCCCUGAUGAUGGAAGCAGCAGUGAUGCCGUUACUGAGAACGCGCAGCAUGGUGUCCAGACUGUCGAGGCCACCACAUUGGCCUGGAGCAAGAAGGCCCUCGUCGGAGUCUUCAUCUUCAUGUGGUUGAUCUACCUCACCAACGGUUUCCAGGGCCAGAUCAACAACACUCUGCUCCCUUAUGCCAGCAGUGAAUGGGAGUCUCACUCUCUCAUUCCUGUAAUUGGCGUGGUCGCAAACUGUAUGACUGCCGCCGUCUACAUCCCUCUGUCCAAGAUUCUCGAUCUUUGGGGUCGUGCUGAGGGUUUCCUCCUCAUGGUCCUCUUCGCCACCAUUGGCAUGAUCAUGAUGGCUGCCAGCCAUAACCUUCCUACCUACUGCGCUGCCUAUGUCUUCUGGCAGGUUGGCUGGUCCGGCUUGACCUACAGCAUCGAUGUUAUCACGGCCGAUUCGACACAGCUCAAGAACCGAGGUCUCGCAUACGCUUUCACCUCGUCUCCUUACAUGAUCACCGCCUUUGCCGGCCCCAAGUCUGCUGAGGCUUUCCUCCUCAACGGCGACCAGUGGCGAUGGGGCUUCGGCACCUUCUCCAUUGUCCUCCCUGUCGUCGCGGCGCCUCUCUACGCUCUCUUGAGAUACAACCUUCGAAAGGCCAAGAAGCAAGGUCUUCUGGCUCGCGAGCCUAGCGGACGAUCGCUCUUGGAGAACAUCAAGUGGGGUCUUGUCGAGUUCGACGCUGCCGGUGCGUUCCUUUUCGCUGCUGGUCUCGUUAUCUUCCUCCUUCCCUUCUCCAUUGCCAGUAUGGCUCCUCAAGGGUGGAGCACCCCUUACAUCAUUGCUAUGAUCGUCCUCGGUGUCGUUCUUCUGUGCGUGUUCGGCGCCUACGAGCGAUUCGUCGCCCCUAAGCCCUUCCUCCGAUUCGACCUCCUCACCAGUCGCACCGUCAUUGGUGUCUGUCUUCUCGACUUCAUCUACAUGAUCGCCUACUACUGCUGGAACAGUUACUUCACCUCGUUCCUCCAGGUCGUCAACAACCUCCCCCCUUCUGAGGCUGGAUACGUCAGCAACACCUUUGAGAUCGUCUCUGGUGUUCUGCUCUUCGUUGUUGGUUACGCCAUGCACAAGACCGGUCGCUUUAAGUGGCUCCUGUGCGUCGGUAUCCCUCUGUACAUCUUCGCCCAGGGUCUCAUGAUUCACUUCCGUCAGCCUGGCCAGUCCAUCGGCUACCUCGUUAUGUGUGAGGUCUUCAUCUCAAUUGCCGGUGCUACCUUCAUUCUGUGCAUGCAGGUCGGUAUCCUUGCUGCCGUUGAGCAUCAGUAUGUUGCUACUGCUCUUGCAACUCUGAGCGUUACCGGAAACAUUGGCGCUGCCCUCGGCGGUACCAUCUCUGCUGCCAUCUGGACAAACACGUUCGAAGAGAAGCUGGUUGAGUUCCUCCCUGCUUCAGCCCAGGAGAAUGCUGCCCUCAUCGUCGGAGAUCUUGACAGCCAGCUAGCUUAUGAGAUGGGCAGUCCUGAGCGACUUGCUAUUCAGAAAGCAUAUGGAUUUGGGCAGUUGCGAAUGCUUUCGGCAGGCACUGGUAUCAUGGCUAUUGCCCUUAUCUCGUUGUUUUUGAUCAAGAAUUACGAUCUCAGGAAGAUCAAGCAGACGAAGGGUACCGUCUUUUAA